CUGUAGGACUACCAGAUCUUCUCUGGUGAAGUGUGUUUCUCGAAAUCAUCACCAUGGACAAGAAAGGCUCGUCACAGAAAGGGUCACUCCUGCUCCUGCUGCUGCUGGUGUCAAAUCUGCUCUUGUGCAACAGCGUGGCCUCCCUGCCCAUCUGUCCCAGUGGGGCUGUCAACUGCCAGGUGUCCCUUCGAGACCUGUUUGACCGCGCAGUCAUCCUGUCCCACUACAUCCAUAACCUCUCCUCGGAAAUGUUCAACGAAUUUGAUAAACGGUAUGCCCAGGGCAGAGGGUUCAUUACCAAGGCCAUCAACAGCUGCCACACCUCCUCCCUCUCCACCCCUGAAGACAAAGAACAAGCCCAACAGAUCCAUCACGAAGUUCUUCUGAGCGUGAUCCUUGGAGUGCUGCGCUCCUGGAAUGACCCACUGUAUCACCUAGUCACAGAGGUGCGGGGCAUGCAAGAAGCCCCAGACGCUAUCCUCUCGAGAGCUAUAGAGAUUGAGGAACAGAACAAACGACUUCUAGAAGGCAUGGAGAAGAUAGUUGGCCAGGUUCACCCUGGAGUCAAGGAGAACGAGGUCUACUCUGUGUGGUCAGGACUUCCAUCCCUGCAAAUGGCCGAUGAAGACACGCGCCUUUUUGCUUUUUAUAACCUGCUCCACUGCCUACGCAGGGAUUCACAUAAGAUCGACAGUUAUCUCAAGCUCCUGAAGUGCAGAAUCGUCUAUGACAGCAACUGCUAAGCCCACAUCCAUUCUGUCCAUUUCUGAGAUUGUUCUUAACAGUCCAUCCCACAGUAGGCUUCUUUCAGUUUUUUAGCUUUUUAAUGCACGCUUGGGUUUAAUGGGUCUCAUCUUCAAAAAUAAAAACAGACUCUGUAGAGAUGUCAAAAUCUAA